CAAGAUGAGAAUGAAAACCCGGCUUUGCCCCUCACAUCCAUUGCAUGAUUCACCUAAUCAAGCCCAACACCUCUGCUACCAAAGGGUUCAUAGGAUCUUCCUUCGGAAAUAAAAUUGGUACAGCUCUUUCCUUCGGAAAUGCUAACUUUGAGCAAGAAAUUCGGAGAAUGGGACCGAAUGAGGAGGAAGUUAAGGGCAGAAUUUGCGUUACUGGGGCUGCUGGGUAUCUCGCUUCAUGGCUCGUAAAGCGGCUCCUCUCAUCAGGAUACCAUGUGAUCGGAACAGUCCGAGAUCCCGGAAAUGAGAAAAAGGUAGCUCAUUUGUGGAAGCUAGAAGGAGCAAAAGAGAGACUCACCUUAGUGAAGGCUGAUCUAAUGGAAAACGGAAGCUUCGACGACGCCAUAAUGGGAUGCCAAGGUGUUUUCCAUACUGCUUCGCCUGUGAUAAAACCGUCGUCCGACCCAAAGGCGGAGAUUGUAAAGCCAGCUGUUGAGGGAACUCUGAACGUGCUGCGCUCGUGUAAGAAGAACCCGGAUCUGAGACGUGUAGUUCUCACUUCGUCUUCCUCGACUAUAAGGAUCAGAGACGACUUCGACCCGAACGUACCCUUUGACGAGUCAUCUUGGAGCUCCACUGAACUCUGUGAAAUGCAUCAAAUUUGGUACAGUUUGUCAAAAACCUUAGCCGAGAAAGCUGCUUGGGAAUACUGCAAUGAGAACAAGAUCGAUCUCGUCACGGUUCUACCUGCAUUCCUCAUCGGACCGAGUUUGCCACCUGAUCUAUGUUCAACUGCAUCCGAUGUCCUUGGCUUGCUCAAAGGGGAGACGAAGGACUUCCAAUGGCAUGGAAGGAUGGGAUACAUCCACAUCGACGAUGUUGCCCUCGCCCACAUCCUCGUCUACGAACAUGAGAGCGCCAAAGGGCGGUUCCUAGCGAGCUCAACUGUUGUGGAUAAUGAUGAGCUAGUCUCCUUUCUCUCAGCGCGAUAUCCAUCUCUGCCGAUCCCAAAAAGGUUCGAGCCACUGAAUAGGCCACACUACGAUUUUGACACUGCAAAGCUCGAAAGCCUGGGGAUGAAGUUCAAGUCCAUUCAAGAGAUGUUCGACGAUUGCGUGGCGUCUUUGGUGGAGCAAGGCUACCUUCCUUCAGUUUAUCUUUAAUCGAUCCGAGAGUAAUCUGUGUCUAGUUUGUUUUAGGAUGAAAUUUGGUGAAUAAAAGAUGUACCUUCACGACGCUUGAGCUAUUCCAAGGAUUUCGUUAUGCUCUCA